GACACGUCGACUAAAAUCACCUACUUUCGGGUGGCACUGGUCGGAGAUAGUGGCUCCGAGAAGGACAACGUCCGUCGUGCAUACGUACAACUCAGCUCAAACCUAGUGAAUCAAGCCAAAUCCGAUAAAUCACCUGUACUUGAAAUAAAUUCUACAGUUUAUUUGCAGAAAGGAACAUUCGAAAAAAUCGACGUAUUAGAUGCAAAUGUCAUUACUGUGCAAGGAAUACAAAUCAGUUCUCUGUUACAGAUAGAGCUGUUAUCAGCUGAGAGAAUAUCAGAUUUCGAGCGGAUACCAUCGAUGCUGCGAUGCAGUCAUCUGGAUGCCAUCAUUAUAUUUUAUAAUAUCAACAGUUUGAAGCAGUUUGAAAGCAUUCAUCAAAAGUGGAUCCCAACAAUACGACGACUCUAUCGUAACACACCAUUCGUUAUCUGCGCCACCGGAAUCGAGGCCAGACUACCUCGUGAAGUGCGACAGUUACUACUCAAAAAACAGCUCGGUGAAGUGGAAACAGGCCAGAACCACCACCAUUAUUCUUAA